GUCCUCUCAUCCCUUCCUCCUGUUCGGUGCUCGGGGAGGAUGACUGUCCUUCGUCGUUGAGCUUCUCCCCGCGUUUAUUUACUUUCUGUUGUCCUCUCAAGGUCAGCGCGAGCGUCAUGACUUUUUAAUAACCACCGCCACAACUCGUCCCUGUCAACUGAAGUCUUCCUCCUCCUCCUCCUCCUCCUCCGGGGCCACUGCUGCCGCCGCCGCCGCCGCCGCCGCUGUGUCCUCCUCUCCGGUGGAAACCAUCACCGCCACCUGCCGACGCCUUCCGCGCCAUAUGACCGUCUCAAAGGACCUGCUGCUGCUGCUGCUGCUGCUGCUGCUGCUGCUGCCGCUGAUUCUCGUGCAAGUGACAACUCAGUUGACAGGAUGACAUGGCGUCCUCAGUACCGCAGCUCCAAGUUCCGCCACGUGUUUGGUAAGGCCGCCACCAAGGAGAACUGCUACGAUGGCGUGCCAAUCACGCGCAACGUCCAGGACAACAACUUCUGCGCUGUCAACCCACGGUUCCUGGCAGUCAUCACGGAGUGUGCCGGGGGAGGGGCCUUCCUGGUCCUGCCUGUCCAUCAUACAGGUAAAGUGGACCCACACCACCCCAGAGUGUCGGGCCACAGAGGGAACGUGUUAGACAUCAAAUGGAAUCCCUUUGAUGACUGCUGCAUCGCCUCUGCUUCUGAGGACACAACGGUGAAGGUGUGGGAAAUCCCUUCUCACGGUUUGCUGAAGAACCUCACGGCGUCGUUGAAAGAGCUUCAGGGUCACAGUCGCAGAGUGAGCCUCAUUGAGUGGCAUCCAACUGCAAGCAACAUCCUCUUCAGCACAGGCUAUGAUUACCAGAUCAUGAUCUGGAACCUGGAGUGUUCAGAGCUGGUGAUAAAGAACCCAGUUCGUACCAUUAGCCACCACACAGACGUGGUCCUGUCCAUGUCUUUCAACACAGACUGCAGCCUCCUCGCCACCUCCUGCAAAGACAGGAAGGUUCGACUGAUGGAGCCGCGCUCAGGAAACCUACUGCAGGAAGCCAACUGUAAGACACACAAAGCCAACAAGGUGUUGAUCCUGAGUAACCUGAAGAAGCUCGUCACAUGUGGCGCUUCACGCUGGAAUGAGCGACAGAUCGCUUUGUGGGAUCAGGACGACAUGUCUGUGCCUUUGUUGACAGAGAACCUGGAUGGUUCUUCAGGAGCACUCUUUCCUUUCUACGACCCUGACACACACAUGCUGUACCUCGCUGGGAAGGGUGAUGGGAAUAUCCGAUACUAUGAGAUCAGCUCAGAAAAACCCUACAUCCAGUUCCUGACGGAGUAUCGGUCAAACACACCUCAGAAAGGAAUGGGUGUGAUGCCAAAGAGAGGCCUGGAUGUGAGCUCCUGUGAAGUGUUCAGGUUCUACAAACUCGUAACAAUUAAGAGCCUUAUUGAGCCAUUAUCCAUGAUUGUACCCCGCAGGUCAGAGUCGUAUCAAGAAGACAUCUAUCCGAUGACACCUGGUAACAAGCCUGCUUUGACUGCAGAGGAAUGGCUCAGUGGCAUCAACAAAGACCCAGUGUUGAUGUCUCUAAAGCCUGGAAGUCAAAUCGCUGAGUCAAAUUCAGAGAUGAGCAAAGGGCUUGGAAAUCACCGUGACGCUCGCAGGUCUCAGAGCAGACCGGGCAUGCUACAGCUGGCGUACAUUCAGGACCAACUAGGAACCAAAGACAGCACCGAGGACAGUAGCCAUGCCGACGACGACCGGAGUCAGCUGUCCGUUAGCAAUGGAGAAGAACUUGCACUUUUCUCUCCUCCAAGGACAGAGAACGAGAUGCUUCUAAAGUUCCAUAAGCAGCAGGAGGAAAUCCGACGACUCAGGGAGCUCCUUAACCAGAGAGAUGUGCGCAUUAAACAGCUGGAGCUGGAAAUUAAGAACGUCAAAAACUCCUCUCAGUCUCAGGGCUGACUUGAACAUUUUCACGACCUGCAGAGUCAUCCUCACUUUCUCACGGGACACAUGCAUUACUAUAUAAACUUACUCACCCUAUUUUGGCACCAACACGCACUUUUUAGGGUCCUGACUCACGUUUCUUCCUCUGACGAGCUCCGAUAUUCACUGCACAGGGGAAAUUUAAACCUCAACUUUGUUUUCGCAAUCUUUGUCAAUUCUACACCAGUUGCACAUAUUUUUUGGUUCAUGUAGAUACACUUAAUUGUUGAGUCUCAGCAACGUAAAAAAACCUCUUUGCACCUUUUUUGCUCUUUUCCUUGCUUCUUUUGUAUUCGCUCCACA